AUGGCUUCAUGUGGAGAACCUACUGAAGAACGUGGCAGGAAGGAGAAGUCAGAAACUCCGGUGGACACCACCGAAAAAAACUCUAACGAAACCAACCCCUCCCCCAAAACAAAACUAAACCUAGCGCCGCUCCUCACUCUCUACCAGCGAAGAAACCUCAAGCCUAAAGCCCUACUACCCCAGCCAGUAGCCACUCUCUUCUCACACUCUCGCUCUCUGCACUCUCGAGGCCUGCGGCGAACCCACCUAGCGCUGGGGAGACCGUUCCUCUCACCACCUUGCAGCGCCGCCGAACUCUCCCCCCAGCGCCUCCGAACCUUCCUCUCACUGCUCCCAGGACCUCCUCGCGGACAGAGCACAACGAAGCCCCAACCCCAGCCAGCAGUGAGCAGUCCAACACCACCCUCGCACCCAGCAGUAGCACAGCACCACCCACUCACCCAGCACAGCACCACGCCACCACCCAGCCGCGUUUCUGGCCACCCACAACUUAGCACCUCCCACCCAGCCACCAAUUCAAGUCAGAUAUGGAGUCGGAGCCACCGAAUCAGAAAUUUGACAAGUAUGGAGCUUUUAGGAUUGUUGUCUCCUUUUGUUGCCAAUAUGACACUCUGACUAAUAUGUAAGUGCUUAACUCUAAAUCUCAGUUCAUUGACUCUGGUAUUUACAAGUUCUAAUUGGAAAACCA